UAGGAUUGGAGAGUUAUAGACAGCUACGGCACUCAAGCUGCUGGUACCAAAAUAGCAGAUGACCAUCUCUAUUUCAUCUGUUGCCCGCUCGACACCAAAGAUUUGCUUAGAUAUUUGCUCUCGCUGACUCCUUCCUGUGUUACAGCUCUGGCCUUGCUGGCAACUAUUUUGGUGUGGUGUGUUCAGUGCCUUCUCCUUCAGUCUUUUCAAGCGCUUUCUUGAAAAUGGAUUUCUACCAUGAGCUUCAGUUUGUGUACAACAAAGAGCAUGUUGUAUGGAGUAACAAAAAAUCAGACUUCUGUGAAAUUUACCUGUAAGGAUUCAUCAGCGUCAAUUUAUUACUAUAAAAUGUUGUUUUAAAUUUUUGACUAAUGGAUUUGGCCAUGGAUGAACUACAUAACCUCGAAAAAAGGGAAAUCACAAUGUAAUCUCCAGUAUGUGGUGUUGACAAUGCAAGAAGAGUCAAACCAGGUCAGUUAUGCGUCAGACUGAAGGAACUGGGAAAACGCAUUCAUCAUGAGCAACCAAGAGAAGCGCCAAAGGACAAGCAUGCAGCACCUCCGCUAUCUCGAUAGCUUUAUGGAUGAAAUAGACCGUGAGGUCAUGAGCCUGACGGAUCGAGCUUUCAAGAGUCUGUGCAUUGGAGAUGAAGCAGUCUACAAUGACUCAGAGUUUUCCCCCUCUUCAGUCAGCUGCCACAAGCCAGUGGUGGAGGACAUCUCCAAAAAGACUCAGGAGAGCUCAUUUUCUGCAGCCAAAAAAAUUAACUCUUACCCCCUCAAUGGAGAGAAGGAUCUGUUGAGCAGAUCAAAUAAAUCUUCCAAAGACUUGUCGCUUUUUUCAGUGUUUGCAGCCAAAAAGAAUGGCGAGAGCACCAAGAUGACAAAUGGUGAUUCAUGGGACAAAUCUGCUCUACUCAGCAUCCAAAGAGAGCUCUCAGAGUUUUCUUCAGAUUAUCACAGUUUAACAGUGGAACAUCUUUACCAAGCCAAGAAUCAUCACAAAUCAGAUGAAAAAGGGUCUGCCAAGAAAUCAAGUAAGGAUGCAUUGAUUCCCUCUGGAAAAUCCUCUAAAAGUAAACAAAGCAAAAACAACAAACUGAGAAAACUGAAUUGCAUUAACUUUUUCCUCCACAGCGAACUCAGCCCAUUUUUGUCUUGGAGGGAAUUUAAUAAAUUCACCAUUGGGCAGGAGCACAUUUCGGAAAUUAUGUUAAGUAAUAGACCACCUGAGUGGUAUGAUUCACCUCUUUACAAAGAAUUAACUGCAGCACAUGGACACUAUAAAUUAAGUGUUCCACCAUCAGUUGAAAAAGAAGCUGAAAAGUGUCCUAAACAAAGUGAGACACAUCGACUUGCACCAAAACCACAAUUUGAACAAAAUGCAGCACCCCCCAAACCAGGGAAAGAGUCUGAGCACAUCCAGCACAAUAUUCCUACAAAGGCUCCUCCACCAACUGCUAAACAGAGAUGUAAUUCAGAAAGGCCAGAAGCUUGCGUUCCCUGGCGAAAAAACAGCAGUAGAGCAAAAAGUGUUGCACCUAUGGGUCAUUCUGUUAAUUCACUGGCCUGUGAAAGGACAAAUGGUGGAGAAGGGAGUGCACAGGUAUUUAAAAAAGAAGAGGACCAAACCUCAGCUAGUUCAACUCCUUUCAGUAUUUCACAGCUGUUGACACCAGUAAUACCUUCCAGACAUGGGACAGGAACCUCGGAGAUACAGCAAACUGUGCUCUCACCCACUGCCCUGGACGUCCCACCACUCCCCGAGAGAGAACUGCAUCCCUCACCUGAGAUUAAGAGAGAGGGGUACAAAUCCAUAGCAUCAAGCUUGUUGUUCAAUCUCAAGGACAACAGAAAACGGGUUAAGACCAUGUACAGUCCACCUAAGUUUAAAGGUUUGGAUGUGAAAAAUCAAAGUAAAGAGUCUCCCCAGCCUGAAGCAUCAAAAGAUGUGCUUGAGAUACCAGAGAUUUCAGGAGCUAAAACAAUUUCACCUGCUCGUCACAAAGCCAUUAUCUCCCCAAUGACUCCCUUGUUGGAAACUGGAGACACUCAAACUGGUUCUCCUGCAAACGGUGGAAUGCCAGAUGACUAUUUGGCACUGAGUCUGCUUCAAUCUGGAAAAUCUAAAUCAAACAGGAGCCCUGCAACUAACAAGGCAACAUACCCAUCAUUACAACUUUACAGAAAAGCUAGUCCUGAAGAGAUUAGAGCAAAUGCUCAUACUGUGGUUGACACCAGCUCUCAGGUUUUCACAGACAAAGCCAGCAAAGACCAUGACACAAAACAUAACUAUCCAAGUAAACUGUUUAAAGGUGUAGAGUAUAAUCCUUUAGAGUCAAUGCUAAAUGCCAAAAAGCCCACUUUAGGUUUAAAUAGCGAAAGGACUCACAAAUCUGGAAAAAGCCCAAGUGUAAGUUUAACAAAACCAGAAGAACAAGCCAUUAGUGAAGGUAAAAAUCUAAUUGAGGAUAUGCUGAACACUAGAGGAACAGUAAGUGCAUAUAAAAGCCCUGUUAAAGAAAAAGAACCCAACAUAAAGGAAGCAGGAACAAAGCAUGUCUUUUCUGCACGACAGAACAACUACAUUAAAAGUCAGAGAUUUGUAGGCACAAAUACUGACAAUGACCAUGAUUAUAAUAGUUCUAAUGUAGAAAAAGGGCUGAUGCCUAUAAAGGAUAAAAAGGAUAAUGACAAGUGUUCCAGGAAUUCCAAAAAUUCAAAAACAAAAGAGUUAAGGCAAGAGGAGCAUAAUGCAGGAAUCCAUAAAAAUCAAGGACUAGUUCAAACAAUAGUAGAUGAGCCACUAUUGAAAGAAUAUGUUAAUGUUAAAGGACAGGGUACGACAUCUAAAGAACAGAGCACUAUUACAUCAAAGAAUUGUGUGGAAACUCAAAGACAGCAAAAAGUAAAAGACAAAACUUUCGCAAUUAAAGGAAACUCUUCUGCAAAGAAAGCACUAUUUGCAUCAAUGGAAACGGUGCCAAAUAAGACAACUGCACCAUUAAAUAUAGAGAAUGUUGUCAUAGAUAAAUACAACUUGGCCAAAAUGGCUUUAGAGGAAGUAAUUGCUGAACGAGAGCAAAGAAAGUUGAAAAACAACACAGGUGCUUUACACAUUGAUAGAAAAAUAGCUGGUUGUGAAAAACCUCAAGAUGGUUUUGAGUUACCCACCAGUGGAGAGGAUCGACUACCUUGUACAUUUAUGCUGAAUGAAAGGGGGACAAAUACAAAAGAUGGCAGCGGUCAGAGUUCUCUAUCUGCAUUCAAAACAAAUCGGCAGACUAUGCAAAUCAAGUCAGAAGACAUGGCCAAACAUGGUGAAAGUCAUGUGCCUGAGGUAAAAUUAGCCAGGCCCUGCAAACAGGAAGCAUCUAAUGGGCAGUGCCAGAUUGCAGAACCUAUAAAAUAUAAUGAGAGAGACAGAUUGUGCCUAGACCAUCAAGAAAGCAAAACAAAUAAUGAUCAAAUGUGCCAAGAGUUGAUGAAUACAAAUAUAAGUCAUGCAAACAAAUGCACAAAAAGGGGUGAUACUUUGGAAAAUAGAGAUAUUCGCAGUGUGAGACAUUAUGAGGAUAUGUUGGAUGUUGAACAUAAGGGUAGUUCCUAUAAACCUGAGAUACCCCCAAGAAGAGGGAGAAGUAAUUCUCAGAGUAUUGACAGAUUCAGCGAAAACACUGAAGGUAAUUUCGACUUUAAAAUAGAAGGUGACACUACAGUCAAAACAGAGGAAAUGGAGAGUAGGGAAGUUAGCAAUGUUCAGUCCAGUCAAUCUAAAAAUCGAGGCCCAGUGAGAGGAAAUGUAUCGGCUCUGAAAGAGAAAUAUGACAAGGAAAGUAAGGUUAACCGCAGGGAUGUUCAGAAAGAUCUGCCUGUUGAAGGUGCAUGUUUUAAAAAGCAUAUGGAAGAGGGACCCAAUAAAGAGGCUCCAAAAGACAAAAUGAAACAUACAAUUAUUCCACCAAAACUCACAGUCAGUGAUGCUGAAAGUGGGACUUAUUCAAUUAUCUACACGGAGAUGGGUGCAGGGAGUGAAAUAAUGUCUAACAGCUCUUCAAAAGAAUCGGAAAGUGGUGAGGAGCAUUCUAGUUCACAGAGGAAACACAGUGUCACCCAAGACAUCCAAAAGGCUAUGCAUGAUCUCACAGACAACAGGAAUGAUGAAAUUCAAGACAAGGUAAAAACUAAUGAGAAGGAAGUGGAUGUGGUAAGUCCGAGGUCUGAGUUGGGAGACAAGAAGAACAAAUCCAGAGGUCCAAAAGUAUAUGUGAAAGACUUCUUAAGUGGACUUCUUGGACUUUCAAGCUCAGAAAGGGUCAAAUCUGUAGAUGAACAUGAGGCGGAGCUCUCUGAAACAUUGUCCUCAGAGUCUUUCAAACCUGAUGAAGUCAGAAAGGACAGUAUCAAAGUAUCUGAUAUCCUUGGACAGUCUGUGUCCGCAUUAAAUGGCAAACGGACACAUCACAGUAGUCACUCAUCAAACUCAAGUGAAGUCUCUCUAUUACAUGAACCUGAACAGGGGGUACAAUCAGAAGAGUUGUUAAGGAAAGCAGAAGUCUGCAACAUGACAGAAAAAGUUGAUGAAAAGUUGAAGGAGAAUUUCCAGAAACCAUCAAUAGACUCCUGCUCUUUAAGCAACCAUGAAAGUGAGUCAGAUGUCUCUGACAGGGUAGUUUCUCCACCGAGUGAUGUGGACAAAAGGGGAUGGGUGCACAGCUUGAUUGAGUCAGCUAGAAACUUAACACAAAUUUCACAUGAUCAUACUUCCUCCAAGGAUCAAGAAGAAAACUACUUGAACGGAUCAGAGAAACAUGAGCAAGAUCUGGAUCUCCUCAGGGAUCAUUCUCAAGUUAAGAUAUCAGUCCAGAGCCCCCCACCAAAACAACCAGCAAUGCAGUAUUUGUCCAUUCCAGCAACUCACCUGGUCAUAGUCAAGGACGGAAAUCUGUCAGCUGGAAGUACAUCUGUGUCUGAGGAGGAGGAGCGACGCUCUGCUGUAAGCACUUUAUCUGAGGGAAUGGAUGGCUAUGAAACAAACAGUGGGGAUAUGAUGAAGGAGAACAUCUCUAGUACUGCCCCUACAGAGGUUGCGGAGGGAUCGAAGGCAACCUCCGAGAGAUCUGGUUCAGCCUGCAGUGGAAAUGACAGUCAGGGACCGAACAAGCCGCCUGUUGUACCUCCAAAAACCGAAAAGGCUCUACUCCGAGCCCUGAAGCUCACAACACGGAGGAUACAAAAAGCUGAAACUAAAAGCAAAUCUGAGAGUAAAUGCAGGAGUGACAAAAGUGUCAGUCACAAGGCUGAGAGGAGGCACCACAGCACUGACAAAGUACACGAAAGAUCAGAACCCAGGUCUCUCAGCAGUGACAGAAUCAACAGUAAAAAAAGUGAACACCCUGAUGACACAUUUGAGUCCAAAACUCUAAGAAGCGAGAAGCAUGCUAGAUGCCAAAGUGGUCACAAGAGCCAAAGCAUAGAAGAGAAUGAUCAUAGUAAAAAAAUCCCUCAUGCAACGAAAGGCAAAGACAGACAAACCAGUCAAACUGGUGAUCCAAAGAGCCAUCACAGUGAGAAACAACUAGAAGUCACAUCAAACCACAGGGAUCAUUUGGACAAUGGCAACAUAAGUAAUAACAGUGACCGACAGGGCCGAAGCAAUGAGAAACUCUUGCCCAAGAAACUGGAACAUAGGACUCAAAGUCUUGAUAGAUUUUUAAGGGAUAAACAAAAAAACAUGUCGAGUAGCACUAGAAAAGCUGGUGGUGAAGUUAAUUCUAAGAUUUUAAUAGAAGGAUCACAGUACUCUACUCCAAAGGCCUUACCUUUGCGCCACAACAGCAGUGAACAUACUUAUGCACCAGCCACUAAUCUAGUAACACAGUCCUUUCCAAUCACCCAGAGGAAGCUUUUACAGGACCCUGACUCUGGACAAUAUUUUCUGGUGGAUAUGCCAGUACAGGUCAAAACGAAAACUUUCUUUGACCCGGAAACAAAAAGUUACGUGCAACUGCCGGUGCAGUCUCCUGAGGCUGUUGUGCGACAAGCUCCACCACUGGAGGUUAUUAACACACCACCACUUAUGUUGUAUCACGGCUUUGUUCCAGUGCCUGUACCAUCACAGAAAUCUGUUGUCAGGACUGCAGGAUCUAUGAUUCCUCCUGAUGACCUGGAAGACUUUGAGCCUAGCAGGAAACAGAUGCAGAAGGACAGUUAUAAAACACAUGAAGAGGUCAGUCCUUACGCUGAGCCUGUAUAUAUAUCACAGGAACAUACGCCUGAGGAGGAAAUUGAUAGUGUAAGAUGACAACAUCUAGACCAGUGCGUGGUCCAGAGAUUUAAUGUGACUGAAAUCAGGGAUUUUUGUUGUUUGUGGAUUAAGAGUUUUCACUGUUUCCAACUAGCAGACUGGUGUGACAUGGGAAAAUCUUUCUAGUAUGUAUGCUGUUCUUUGUUUAUAGUGCACAAGACGCGGAUUGUAAAUGUUUAUUUCUUAAUAAAGUAAGGCAAUAUCCUA